GCGGUCGCCAUGACGGCGGCCGUGUUCUUCGGCUGCGCCUUCAUUGCCUUCGGGCCUGCGCUCGCCCUCUACAUCUUCACCAUCGUCACCGAGCCGUUACGCAUCAUCUUUCUCAUCAUUGGAGCUUUCUUCUGGUUGGUGUCUCUGCUGUUUUCUUCCCUCAUUUGGUUCACGACAGCAACCCUUAUUGGUAACAAAGAUGAACCAAGAGAGAAAUAUUUGCUGAUUUUUGGAGUGUUAAUCUCAGUCCUUAUCCAAGAAAUGUUCCGGUUUGCAUAUUAUAAACUUUUAAAGAAAGCCAGUGAGGGUUUGAAGAUUAUAAACCCAUAUGAGAAAGCACCCUCUAUGAGAUUGCUGGCUUAUGUUUCUGGCCUCGGCUUUGGAAUCAUGAGUGGCGUAUUUUCCUUUGUAAAUACCCUGUCUGACUCCUUGGGACCAGGCACGGUGGGCAUUCAUGGAGACCCUCCCCAGUUCUUCCUAAAUUCAGCUUUCAUGACGCUGGUGAUCACACUGCUGCACGUGUUCUGGGGCAUCGUGUUUUUCGAUGGCUGUGAGAAAAAGAAGUGGUACACCCUUCUUGUAGUGCUUCUCUCCCAUCUGCUGGUGUCAGCCCUGACCUUAAUCAGUCCUCACUAUGGAUUAAAUCUGGUGUUGGCAUAUAUCAUCAUGGUGCUCAUGGGCGUCUGGGCCUUCUUUGUUUCUGGAGGCAGCUGCCGAAGCCUGAAACUCUGCUUGCUCUGCCAAGAUAAGGACUUCCUCCUCUUCAACCAGCGUGCCAGAUAACCUCCGAGAACUAGCACUUCUCAAACAGUAAGCUGCCUCAUUAGAGGAAGCACAACUGUGCCUUUUUCUAAACAUCCCUUUUCCUGGUGGAAUUUAGAAGAAACCGAACUAUUUAGACACGACUUGACAUUCAUGCAGCAGCUUUCUGAAAGGGAUACAUCUGUGGUGUGCA